CAAGUCAACUAACAACAUUGAAGUUCAACAUAUGCCAAAUAGGAAAUUCUAGUGAACAAUGCAAGUCCAUAAAAGUUACCUAUAUUUCAAGGCAGAGACUAUUCAAUGAAAGAAAUGAAAAUGACUCCUUUGACAACAUGAGGAGAAAAGUCCUUAGUUGGUUUAGUCACCACAGAAGAUCGAGUUAUGAGUCAAAAUCGAACAAUAGUAACCUGUUCGAUAUGUUGGCUGCUGAUGUUUCUCUUGGAUGGACAAUAUCUAAUACAUGUAAUCAAUGUUAUUCGAGUGGAGGACGAUGUCAAGUUGAUAGUAACAACAAAUUUCUUUGUUCUGUUACUGAUCAAGGCAAAGGAAAGCAUCUUCGUAUAACAUGGAUCGUUGUUUUAGCCACAGUUGCAGUUCUCGGCUGCAUUGGAAUCUUGAUUUUGCUGUUCUGCUUUAGAAAAAAGAUUUUCUGGCAUAAGUACCUCAGGUUUUGGGAAUCAGAAGCUGAGGAUCAUCGAAAUAUUGAAGCAUUUCUCAAGAACAACGGGCCAUAUGCUCCAAUGAGAUAUAGUUAUUCAGACAUCAAAAGGAUGACUAGUAGCUUCAAAAACAAACUAGGCCAAGGAGGAUAUGGUUAUGUAUACAAAGGAAGUUUACAUAAUGGAAAUCCUGUUGCUGUGAAGGUUCUAAAUGGACUAAAAGGCAGUGGUGAAGAAUUCAUUAAUGAGGUAUCGAGUAUCAGCAGGACAUCACAUGUUAACAUCGUGAGCCUCGUGGGAUUCUGUUUUGAGGGUCGAAAAAGAGCUCUAGUUUACGAAUUCAUGCCAAAUGGAUCACUUGAAAAGUUUAUCUAUGAGGAAAGAUCAGACACAGACAGAGUUCGUCAACUAGAUUGGCAAGUACUGUAUAAAAUUGCAUUAGGCAUUGCUCGUGGAUUGGAGUAUUUGCAUCGUGGUUGUAACACUCGAAUUCUACAUUUUGAUAUCAAGCCUCAUAACAUACUACUUGAUGAAGAUUUCUGUCCUAAGAUAUCUGACUUUGGACUUGCUAAACUCUGCGUAAAAAAGGAAAGUAUAGUGUCAAUGUUAGGUGCACGAGGGACUAUCGGUUACAUUGCUCCUGAAAUUGUUUGUAGAAACUUGGGAGGUGUCUCACACAAGUCUGAUGUUUAUAGCUAUGGAAUGAUGGUGUUAGAGAUGGUUGGAGGGAGGAAAAAUGUUGUUGAUCGAACGAGUGAAGUCUACUUUCCAGAUUGGCUUUAUCAACGAAUUGAACUAGACGAAGAACUUCAAUUAAUUGGGAUAAUGAAUGAAGAGGAGAAAGAAUGUGCGCGAAAAAUGGUGAUAGUGAGUCUAUGGUGCAUCCAAACUGGUCCUUCAAAUAGACCAUCUAUGACUAAAGUUGUCGAAAUGCUAGAAGGGAACUUAAACUCUUUGCAAAUUCCUCCAACACCUUACCUAUAUUCCUCCUCAAGGUCAGAAGUAAAAUUGAUCUCAUCAGUAGAAGAAUCGAGUUCCCGAUCAACUCUCUCUACCUCCACGAGGUAGGGUAAAGUGAUUUGUGUACGUACGUUUUUCCCUCU